UGGAAAGGCCGAAAGGCAUAUGAGCAGAGGAAUCUUAAGCACGCAUCACUGCGUUCUUCCCCGUGCUCAGUCUGUCUUUUACCCUCUGGUUGUCUCCGCCCAAAUCUCUGGUGCCGGUGAUUCCGGGAUUUCAUUCUUAUGGACGAUCAGCUUCACCUUUUCGUCGCCGAGACUUCCUUCUACAACCGCAUUGUUCUCGGCACAUUCUUGCCGGCCAAACUCUGGGAGACCUGGCCCCACUUCGUCCAGACGUGGCUCCGUAACUACAUUGGUGGAACCCUAAUCUACCUCGUCUCUGGAUUCCUCUGGUGCUUCUACAUUUAUUAUCUCAAGCGCAACGUUUAUGUACCUAAAGAUGCCAUCCCUACAACAAGAGCCAUGUAUUUGCAAAUAUAUGUUGCCAUGAAGGCUAUGCCAUGGUACACUGCUCUUCCAACGCUCUCUGAGUACAUGGUAGAAAAUGGUUGGACAAGGUGUUAUUCUAGCAUAAGUGAUGUCGGUUGGCCUGCCUACUUUGUUAAUUUAGCAGCAUAUCUUGUAUUUGUGGAGUUUGGUAUUUAUUGGAUGCACAGGGAGUUGCAUGACAUAAAGCCUCUCUACAAGUAUCUUCAUGCAACACAUCACAUCUACAACAAACAGAACACCCUUUCUCCUUUUGCUGGUUUGGCAUUUCAUCCACUAGAUGGGAUAUUGCAAGCAUUGCCCCAUGUUCUAGCACUCUUCCUUUUUCGGACCCAUUUUUUGACGCACGUACUGCUCGUAUUCAUUGAGGCCAUAUGGACAGCAAACAUUCAUGACUGCAUUGAUGGCAAGAUCUGGCCAGUAAUGGGUGCCGCCUACCACACCAUUCACCACACUACCUAUCGGCAUAACUAUGGUCACUAUACAGUAUGGAUGGAUUGGAUGUUUGGAACUCUUUGUGACCCUGAGGAGUCACCCAAGAAGGUGACUUGAUGCAGUUGCCUUUACAUCUAUAGAUUGGUCAGUCCUUGUGUUUUUGUUGGAUGUUAUGAUGACUCUGUUCUUUCUGUGUAAAUCAUGUCGGUAGUGUCAAUGACUAGAAAUUUGGCAUUAGCCAAGCAAGAGGAAAGUGGGUUUCUCGGUCAGCUUUCAUUCCCUUGAGCUUGAUAUUCAUUUAAUCCUGAACCCUGGUGCAUGCUCUCAAUCAGACAAAGCUCUGUUGCACAAUUUGUGGACCACAUUCGGAAUGGAAUAAUAGCCGUUGUUUUCCAAACCAAUAAUGUGAUAUUGAACAAAAUGGCAUCAAAGUGCCUCCUAAUAUGUUAAUAUUUGAUCUCAAUCUUUUGAAAA